AAACAAACAACAACAAACAUAAUAAUAUCAUCAUCAUAAUGGGAAACAAACACUCCCACCAUUCCGAUCCUUCCAUCAGCAAUAGCAAUAUCAAAUCACACCAACCAAUCGAUCUUUCACUUUCCAAUAAUUCACAACAACAAUUACCUCCCAAUCAUCAUCUCUAUCAUGAGGUCGUUCAUAAUGAGGAGGCAGAUGUCUAUCUUCCCAAACAUUUAUUAGAUUCAUUAAAACAACAAGCAAAGAAUGGAACACUCACUGCGAGAACUAGCAAUAACAAUGGAACAUCAACAACAGGAAAUGUUAAUACUACACCAAAUUCUACAACUACACCUAAUACGGCGAAUACUCCUCGGUCAACUGGUGCUGGUAAAGUGGGUCAUCGUAGAGAACCAUCAUAUUUGAGUACAGGAAAUGGAGGUGGCCAUGAAACAGUUCCUCCAAUGGAAAUUGUCUUGACCAUGACGAAUAAUAAUGAGAAAUCACUCUCAGCUACCACUCCACGUACAAAUUCAAAGAAUACUCCAAGAAACAAAACUUUGGGAUUUUCCUCAUCUUCAUCUUCAAAGGAGGAAUUGAAAUUGCCAACAUCAGCAAAUCCAGGUCAAUCAAGAUCUGGUUCUGGAGGUAAUGUGAUGCAAGCUGUGAAUAGGACCAAGUUUAGAAUGGAGAGAGAUUUACAGAACAAAUCUUGUUUUACAUUGGACGAAUUCAAGUUAUUUAAGGGAAUUUUUCUCAGUUUUUGCAACUUGUGUUUUCAACAAUCUCAUUCUCAUCAAACAAUGCAAACACCGAGAGGAAAUACACAGGAACAGUGGAAGAAUGGUCAAAAGAGAGAUUCCGUCUCAUCGACCAUGUCAAAUUCAUCUAGUAUGGCCAGUAUUAAUGGUGCAACUCCUGGAAAAACUAUCUUGAGACAGGCAUUGUUGGCCUCCUCUGUUUCAUAUUAUGAUAUUCAUCAGCUGUACUUGGCACAGGGAGAAUGCCAUCAAUUGCUUUUCCAACAUGGAAAGGUUGUGAACAAGACGAGAACAAAAUCAAAUUCAUUGCAUUCCCAUUAUCAGGCAACACCAUCGACUAGUAAUGUUCAGGCAACAUCACAACAAACAGGUGUACCAUUCCUCCAAUCAAGUUUAGAUAAGAAGACUUCUCCACCACUCCUUUCAACUUCCCCAAAUAAUGCUUCUUAUGCCUCUCCUCCACAAACAACCUUCAUUCCUGCAACUGUACCACCUCUCUCAUUAACAAACAAUUCUGCCUCAAUGACUCUUUCUAAUAUUGAGGAUAUGGAUUUGGAAUUGGUGGAAAAAUUUGUCUUUGAUGCUGUUUAUAGAGCAGUCACUGAUGGACAUUUGGCAAAUGAGCAUAAUCACUAUCACCAUCAUCAUCAGUUCAUUCUAUCGGCAGAUUCUUUCGUGUUGACGUUCCAGAGAUUCAUCUUGUCACUUGCUGCUGCAUCGAUUUCAAUCCGUGAUGGCCAAGUUUAUGCACAAAAGAUGAGUAGAUUAUCAAUGAGUACUGUCUUUUCAGAUAACGAUUCUGAUAUUGAAGAGCAUGAGCAAUUGAAAAGAGAAGCACUUUUGAGAGAAAGAUCCUCACUUGUUUUUACAAUGCUCGAUUUGGAUGGAGACGAGUGUUUGUCACGAGAAGAUCUAUUGACCUUUUUGAUUGCUAUGGACAGGUUGAACUUGUUAACACUGAAAAGAACUAAAGGCAUGUUAGCCUCUGCUAGGAAAAUGCUCUUCUCUCCACGAAGUACAAACAAUAUAUCUGAUCUGGAUACAUAUUCUGAUGGAGGAAUGUCACCUGUGAAUUCUGAGAAAACCAAAGGAAAGAAAUCUGUAGAGGAAGAUGACAAUAAUGAAGCAUUGAGCAGUUCACUGCUCACCUCAGCAGUUGCUCUAUCUUCAGAGCAUGUGGAAAUUAUCAAAUUGGAUGGUUUGACCACAACAGAGAAAUUCAAAUUAUUCGAAACACUUGUCGAUCAAUUCUUUGAUUUUUCAUAUAACCAGAGAAAGAAUUCAAGUCUCUUGAAUCUCAAAUCGGCUUCCAGUUUAACAUUGACGAGGGGAGAAUUUUUCGAUAACAGCCAAAUAUUCGACGAUGUCUUUCUGAAUGGUUUGGGAGUUUUCGAAACCUUCUUCAUUCCAAUUAUGAAACCUGUUCAUGAAUUCCUUUCCAAAUCCAAAGAUGCCUAUGAAAUUAGUGGCAAGUUGAAGAAUAUGUUCUCUCAGCAAACCUACUUUUGUGAAAUUAAGGGCUCCAUGAUGUUCCUCUACGAUGUUGAUCCAUCAACAAUGACAGGAGAAAAUUCCGACAUUCAUUCCAAAUGUAUAGAAACUAUUGAUUUGAGAACUUGUGUGAAAGUAAUCAAUGAAAAACAAGCAGAGCUCAUCACACCUCCCACCACUCCGUCCUAUGCAGUUCACACGAAUGGAGGAAAUAAUGAACGAAAGAAACGAUCCAUUAUGAAUUCACGACAUUCAGGCGAUGGUGAUGAAAUGUUCCAGGACUCCCUCAAUCCACAAAGCCCUGCCUCUCCCUCCACGAGCAUGCCAACAAGUGUCACAACUGCGGCUUCAACCCAACAGAGCUCUUCACCAAACUUGAAUGGUGGCAAACCAACAUUUUCCUUCUCAACUACUCCUUACUUCUCCUUCCUAACCUUACAAUCAGCUUCCCAACCAAACGUAGGCUCUCCAAGCAAUACAGCAUUUGUUUCAGUUUCGAGUAAUUUCGUAGCUAAGAAAUUCAUGUUUAUGGCUGAUGAAAAUGAACAGAAAGUUGCAUGGCUUUUUACGCUCUUCAUGCAAAUUACUCAGGCAACUGAGCUCAAUAACAGAUUCCACUCCUUUGCACCAGAGAGAGACAAUGUCAAAAUCAAAUGGUACGUCGACGGAAAAGAUGCAUUCAGAGAUAUUGCCAUUGCCAUGGACAGAGCAAAGGAAGAAAUUUUCAUCUCUGAUUGGCUCCUCAGUCCUCUCAUGUAUCUCAUUAGAGGCGAUGCUCCUAGAGUUGCUGAAUCUCGUUUGGAUAUUCUGAUUAAAAAUAAGGCAGCUCAAGGUGUAAAGAUUUACAUUAUUUUGUGGAAGGAGACUUCAGUGGCUGGUUUGAAUCUUGACACGAGACAAACCAAAAAGUAUUUGAGAAGUCUCUUCCCUCGAAAUAUUUACGUCUGCAGCCAUCCAAAGAGAUACCCUAUCAAUUUUACACAUCAUCAAAAGAUUGUUGUGGUUGAUCAAUCGGUGGCAUUCAUUGGAGGAUUGGAUUUGGCUUAUGGAAGAUGGGACGAUCACCAUCAUUCACUAACUGAUGACAAUCACACUGCCCUCAAAUUCCCUGGAGGUGACUAUAUGAAUCCUAAUCUUGUACCAUCGACUAGAUUUGAAGACAAACUAGCUCACUUUAAAGAUACCUUCGAUAGAGAGUUCAUUCCAAGAGAACCUUGGCAUGAUGUUCACUCAAUGGUGAGUGGAUUGUUGGCAAGAGAUGUUGCACUUAAUUUCAUUGAAAGAUGGAAUCAGCACACAAAGGCAACACCUUCAACAGCUCUCCAAUUGAAAACUGUCAAGAAGAAUCCUCUCUUUGAGUAUUACAAACUCCAGAAUGCAUCUCUUGCUAGAAAGGAAAAGAUCAAAAAGAGAAGAUUUGCAGGCAUGCCUACUAAUCUGUACAAUAAUAUUUCUAACAUUCAAAAUACUCCUAGACGUCUCAAACAAUUCUUCACUCAGCAGUACAAUACUCCGCCAAGUAUUCAGACAGAAGAUACUGCCACCUUAAUGAACAAGGCACCAGGUAGUUCUGGAAAUGCCAAUACCAGCUCACCACUGAUGAUUCGUGAUGAGAAUGUUACUAAUCAGGACGGUGUGCAGGUAUCUUCCAGUAAUGCUCCUCACUUGGAUAAGAAUGUGGUCGGUUCUCCAAGAACCUCUCAGUUCGAAAGCAGAAUGGAGGGUGUAAGAGCAAGAACCAAGAGUUGGUUCGAGAAACACAAUCCAAAUCAACUCAUUAGAAGAGGAGCUGAAAGAGAACGACACAAGGACGUUGAAAGAGAAAAGGAAAAGGAAGAAAAGAUUAUGAAGGAAUUUAUGAAAGAAAAGAAGAGAGAAGAAAAGAAAAGGGAAGAAAAGAAGAGCUCAAAGGAAGAAAGUAAAUAUGUCGAGGAAAUUUCCUGUCCUGAUGAUGAAGGAUUCGUAUGUAACGCCCAAGUUGUCAGAUCCAUUUCUAGAUGGAGUGGAGGAAAUGAUACAGAACAAUCGAUUUAUCUAUCCUAUUUACACUUGAUUGAGGAAGCUCAACACUACAUUUACAUUGAGAAUCAAUUCUUCAUAGGAGGCACUGCUGGAAGUCCUGUCAAGAAUGCCAUUCCACUAUUCAUAGGCAGAAAGGUUGUUGAAAAGAUGAGAAGAGGAGAGGUAUUCAGAGUUUACAUUGUUGUACCUUCACAUCCUGAGGGAGAUGUUGCUAUUGCAUCUGUUCAACAAUUAAUGAAAUUCCAGUACAAGACCAUUAACAGAUCUUCCACUUCUCUCUUCAAUUACAUCAAACAGGAGUAUCCACAGGCAACUGAGGAACUCAUUGAACAGUAUAUUGUCUUCUUUUGUUUGAGAAAUUAUGGAUUUAUGAAUAAUAAUGACCUCAUGAAAUAUUAUCAAGCAGCUACUUCAGUAGAUGAUGAUGAUGAUUCAGGUGAUGAUAAAAUAUUCGAUGACAAGUGGAGAAAGCCAAACUAUGACAUUUCCUCUGAUGAAUAUACCUCUGAUGAAGAUAAAAAGAAGAAAAAGAAGAAACGUAAAAAGACUGAAAGCUCAUUUGUUGAUAAGAUUCCAACUGGAAAGAGAGCAGUUACUGAGCAUGUCUAUGUUCACAGUAAGGUUAUGAUUGUCGACGAUAGACAUACAAUUAUUGGAAGUGCAAAUAUCAAUGACAGAUCCAUGUUAGGAAAUAGAGAUAGUGAAAUUGCUGUUGUGAUUUCUGACAAGUCAUUUACCACUUCCAAGAUGAAUGGAAGACCAUACAGAGCUGGUAAAUUUGCUCACUCUCUCAGACUCAGAUUGUGGAAGGAACAUUUGGGACUGUUCCCAAAGAAGAAGGAACAAAAACUAUUAGAGAAACACAUUCAAGAAAUCAGCUCAAUGGAAUCUGAAGAGGAUUUGAGAGCUUCCAUGGAUACCACCCCUGACCAGAUUAAUCAUUUGGUUCCUCCUCCUCCAACAACUACAGCUGGUCGUUUGAUGGGAACCAAUAUGGCAAAGAUUUUCCACUUUGAUCGUUCUCAAAAUUUAUCAGGAACAAAGACCAAGUUGGAAUUGGAAUUGGAAGAACAUGAAAGAAAAAGAAGUCAAAUUGAAGAUCCAAUCCAUAAUGAAACACAUAAUAUUUUAAUGACACUCGCCAAGAAGAAUACAGAAAUUUAUGAUACUGUAUUUACUGAUAUAAUAACUGACAGAUACAAGACAAUUGAAGAAUACGUAGCAGCUAGAUCAAAAACAGCAAUUUUCGAUACAGUAUUGGAUAAAACUCCUACAAGUAAUGAAAUUGCAAAGGAUGAUAAGGUAAUGGUUGUUUCAAAGAGUCAAUUCUUAGAUGACGUUGCUUCUCCACUUUCUGCAGGACAACCACAACAGCAAUCUUUUGAGGAUGAUCAUGAACAUCACAUGAUUUUGAGCCCUUCGAGAGCAGUUCUCAAAUUAUCAAAGAAAAUUCAUGACAUUUGCAAUAGUGCAGUUAACACCACUGAUGUAGUGAGCCAGGUCAAUAACAGUGAAGCAGCCACACCCAAUGAAGCUCAAACUGUCACUGAUCCAGCAGCAUCUGCUCUAGCAAAGACAGAAGUAGAAAAACGAAAGCUCCUUAAAAAGGUGAAUGGUUAUCUUUGUUUAUUCCCUCUUAAAUUUGCUGAGGAAGAUCAAUUCAAGAAGACCAUGACAUUGGCAGUUGCUGUAGAUGAUGUUGUGUUCUUAUAAAAUUUAUCUUUGCUGUUUCAUAAU